CCCAGAGGCUGCAGGGGUGGCCGCCGUGGCAUCGGGCAGAGCCCCACGGGUGCGCUACCCUGCUCCCAGAUCUGGACGGGGGCUGGACGGGGCCGGGCGGGCCUGGGGUUCCUCCAUGCUGCCAGCCCCGAGGCUGCGGAGCCGGCCGGGUGGCUCCUGCAAUGGCUGCGGAAGAGGAGGCUGCGGCGGGAGGUGAGGCUGCUGGCGGCCCGCCGACGGAGGCGACUCCAGAUAAAGUGUUGAUAGAAGGGAACCAGUGCAUUGCUUCUAUGGUUUCCAGUCACAUGAGCCCAGGGACAAAACCAACAGCUACUGGAUCCUUCAGCCCACGUGUGAUAGAGUUUUCAAAAAAACGCAAAGGAAGUGAUUCAGACCCAUCCCAGCCAGGAAUCCUAACAGGAAAAGUGGUGGAAAAGCUUUCUCAGGAUCCCUUUACCUAUCUUCUUGCAACAAGGAUAGAAAUAUCAGCAUCCAGUGGCAGCAGAAUGGAAGAUGGAGAUGGUGGACAACAAGUAAAAAUGAAGUCCUUCAGAGAAGCUCAUAGCCAAACCGAAAAGCGGAGGAGAGAUAAAAUGAAUAAUCUGAUUGAAGAACUGUCUGCAAUGAUCCCUCAGUGCAAUCCCAUGGCACGUAAACUGGACAAACUUACAGUUUUAAGAAUGGCUGUUCAACACUUGAAAUCUUUAAAAGGCAUGACAAAUUCUUAUGUGGGAGAUAAUUAUAGACCUUCAUUUAUUCAGGAUCAUCAGCUCAGACACUUAAUCCUUAAGAGUGCAGAAGGCUUCCUAUUUGUUGUUGGAUGUGAAAGAGGAAAAAUUAUCUUCGUUUCUAAAUCAGUCUCCAAAACCCUUAAUUAUGAUCAGGCUAGCUUGACUGGACAAAGCUUAUUUGACUUCUUACAUCCCAAAGAUGUUGCCAAAGUAAAGGAUCAACUUUCUUCUUCUAAUAUUUCACCAAGAGAGGAGUUAAUAGAUGCCAAAAGUAUGAAAGCUGGUUUGCAGGUUCACAGUAAUUUCUACACUGGAAGGACUCAUGUGUGUUCUGGCUCAAGACGAUCCUUUUUCUGUCGAAUAAAGAGUUGUAAAGUCUCUGUCAAAGAAGAGCAAGAAGGCUUACCCAACUCAAAGAAGAAAGAUCACAGGAAGUUCUGUACUAUCCACUGCACUGGAUACUUGAGAAGCUGGCCUCCAAAUGUUGUUGGAGUGGAAGAAGAAAGGGACAAUAAAAAAGAUGGCAGUAACUUUACCUGCCUUGUUGCCAUUGGAAGAUUACAUCCAUAUAUCGUCCCACGGAACAGUGGAGAGAUUAAAGUCAAACCAACCCAGUUUAUAACCCGGUUUGCCAUAAAUGGAAAAUUUGUCUAUGUUGAUCAGAGGGCAACAGCAAUUUUAGGAUAUCUGCCUCAGGAACUUUUGGGAACUUCUUGUUACGAAUAUUUUCAUCAGGACGACCAUAGAAAUUUGACAGACAAGCAUAAAGCAGUUCUACAGAGUAAGGAGAAAAUAUUUACAGAUUCCUACAAAUUCAGAGCAAAAGAUGGCUCUUUUGUAACUUUAAAAAGCCAAUGGUUUAGUUUCACAAAUCCUUGGACCAAAGAACUGGAAUAUAUUGUGUCCAUCAACACUUUAGUUUUGGGCUGUAGUGAGACUGGAAAAGCAUCGUUACUUCCCUGCAGCCCUCAGUCCUCAGAAGGGUCCUCUAGGCAGUCUUGCCUUAGCACGUUGGGAAUGUCUACUGGAACACUGCUUGGUGCUGGUAGUAUUGGAACAGAUAUUGCAAAUGAAAUUCUGGAUUUACAAAGGUUACAGUCUUCAUCUCUUGGUGAUUCAAGUCCAGCAGAUUUAAUGAAAGACACUUCCACUGUAAACUGCAAGAAUAUGUCCAAUGAGGAGAUGACCUCACUAAGUCCUUCUGAAAUGUGGGAGCCGGAGGCUGCAAGGCAAAACCAGAACACUACUGCUCUCCACAGCAACGAACCACUCCUCAAUGAUGGUUCCCAGUUGGAUUUCGAUGCCCUAUGUGACAAUGAUGACACAGCCAUGGCGGCCUUCAUGAAUUAUUUAGAAGCAGAAGGGGGUCUGGGAGACCCCGGGGACUUCAGUGACAUCCAAUGGACACUCUAGCAUUUGAUUUUUUUAACUCCAAAAAUGAGAAACAUUUUAAAGCAUUUCAUUUUCAAAAACCAUAUUCUUCAGUACUGUAUAAAUACUGUUUUAUCUUUUAUUCCUAUUAACGGUAUACCAGUUUUUAUAGAUUUGCACCUUACUCUCACAGGAAUAUCGGGAAAUAAGAUGUUUUGCUCUCAGUAGAACCUCUCAGUUUAUUACAAAAAUCCUUUACCCAGUGAAAUGGCUUAAAACACAGUAGCAACUAUAUUUUCUGCUAAAUUUUUUUAACCAAGAAUAUCACAUGCAUAUCAUUUUUGUUUCUUGAUGCAGUUUUUGAAUUUGGAGAAUUUGGUGUAUUGAUAUUUUCCUCGUGUCUAAGAUUCAUUUAUUUGUGUUAUUAUGUUAUUUGGAACAUUUUCAUUCCUUGUGUACUUUAUUCUUAAUUGAGGACAGGGCUUAUACACUUUAAGAAAAUGGUGAGUACUUGAACAUUUAAAGGGACAGUGCAAUUCAUAGUCAUAAUCGCAAUGAAUACUGUAUUCCAUCUUUGUAGACUUGGGCAGGAACAAAGCAAGUAUAUUUAUGCUAAGUUGAGCACUUUGAGGUGAAUUUAAAGUGAGAUGAUUUGUUAUUUAAAAUUCAGGAAAAAAAACAGAGAGUUUCAUCUUUGCUUUCAGAAAAAGAAGAACCAUCAUAUGCCUUAGAUCUUGGUGAUUAACUUUUGCAUAUAAGAUUUACUGUUAAUGCAAUCACUCAAAAUUUUCAUUACAGAUAGAAUAGAUUUUUGAUGCUGAUAAGGUAAGGUACUUAGCAAAGGAUUGGUCGUGGAGGAAGAAAUGGGCCCAGGGGGAUUAAAUGUCUUGUGUAAAGUCACACAUUAAAUUCAUAUAUUGUUUUGAUGUUGGAUGUGCAUAAACCACAUUUCUUUUGAUUUCACUGGUUAAAUGAUUAAUUAACUGACCCAGGAACCAGUCAUGGCCUUCUAGACUAUUAGACAAUUAUAGUUAUUUUUGCCUAUAACCAAAGGUAAUGACAUAAAUGGUAAAUACAUUUUUAAAACCACAAUGCAAUGAUUACUAAUAUAAAAACUAAUUAUGUUGCUAAAAUUAAAAUUCUGGAGAACAUUUGUUAACCUAUAAUUAAUCCAUAGGUGGCUCAAAUUGAGUGUAAGAAUGAAGAAAUAUUCUAUAUCUCCCUUUUUGAGGAUCAUCCUUCUAUAACAGCAUUUUAUAAUGUUUUAAUAGUAUUUUGUAUUUUACUAAGUGUGUUCCCAUGUAUUCUCAUUUGUGUCUCACAGAGGAAAGCAAAUAGGUUGAGAAACUAAUGGGGAAACUCUGAGCCCCCAAUACAGGGUUGGUUCAAAUCCAGUUUUCAUUCUCCAUAUGAUGCUGUACCCUUUCAGCAAAUUUCUCUCAGAGCCUCCCUCACCAACAUAAAGCAUUAUUUUGACCCUGCAUGAUAUUUUCUUGGGCUGUAGGUGACAGAUUAGAAGUUUUGUUAGAUGUGUUAAUGGUGAACAUACCAACAGGCUAUAACCAAAAGCAAAUGUUCCCUUCAGACAUGAAACCUGCAGUGGUUGUGUAGGUAAGGACCUAGUCACACGUCCUCCUCUGGAGCUGAUACAGUGAUCUGGCAAUGUCAGUGUGUCAGCAUCACCCCUGGGUCUGACUUUGAAGAAUCAAGAGACACCCAGGUUUAGAAUAAGCCAAAGAAACCCCAGAAGAUGAAAGUGUGUUUGCAGCAGCCCAAACAUUAUGAUUAAGUCUAAAGAAGUGUGAAUGAUUACGUCUGCUAAGUCAGGCAGAGGGGUCUGCCUGCCAACAACAUUUUAGGUUACUAAAGCAUGGCAGGGUGGGCUUGGCCUCCAAAGAGUCUGUCCAAGGCAAUGGUAGCAGGAUAGGUCAUGGUGGUUGGAUGGCCUCAAAAGCAUGAGGGAAAGGCAAAUGCCCAUGAUGUGAGGGUUUGAGAGGCAGACCAUUGCUGCCUUGCACAGUAGCAGUUUGUUCUCUUUGUUAGGGAGGGCUUAUUCCAUAGACCAGUGGGCAGAUGGUGAAUUGAAUGCCCUUGGCAUGGUUUUAUCCUUUAUUAACCCACCCUAAUUUUUUUCUAUAGGUCCUCUUGCCCUGAACUCAGAAUCCAGUAUUUGUUUGACUCAUGCAGUGUAUGAUACUGUAGCUCUCCCAAGUUUAGUGUUUUCUUCAAAAUGCAUUCUAUUAACAUUUGAUUGCUGUUGGGAGUGACAGAUGUUUUUAUGGCUUACACUAUAUUACUUUUUUCUCCUACAAAUUAAUUCAUGAAUUUUGGUGAAAAAAUAAUAUGUCUACAAGCUGAAUGAGAUUAGCAUAAGAAGAGUACUGUAGUUCUUUUAUUUUUAACCCCAAGAGUUACUGCUACAAUAAUGUAAUGCAGUGGAAGAAGUGCUUAGAAUCAGAAGACUCUUCUGAGUCUCUAUUUAACCGUGUGACCUCAAGCAAGCCAUUUUAAACUCUGUGCCUUGGUUUCCUCAUUUAUUAAAAGAGCUUUGAUCUCUGAGUUUACUUCCAGCUCUAAUUCUAUGAUUCUUACCCACAGGACUUGAGUAUUAGAGUCAGACUCUAGAACUUUGCUGUCCAGUACAGUAGCCACUGACCUCAUGUGGCUACUAAGCAUUUGAAUUGUGGCUAGCACAAAUUGAGAUGUGCUAUAAAUGUAAAAUACAUACCAGAUUUCAAAGACUUAGUAUGAAAAAAAAAUGUGAAAUACACAUUCACAGUUUUACAUUGCUUAUUUGUUAAAAUGAUAAUACUUUUUGACAUACUGGGUUAAACAUUAAAAUUAAUUUCUUCUAUUGCUUUUUACUUUUUAGAUUUGGCUACUAGAAAAUUUUAAAUUACUUUUGUAUCUCACAUUAUGCUUCUGUUGGACAGUGCUGUUCUAGAGUGGAUAUUGCAAUAGACCAAAGCAUAAGUAUGAUAUUUACUUCUAAAUAUCUGUUGUUUAAAGAAUUUUAUUUAUUGAUCCUUGAGUCAGUGCAUUUGUGUAACUGUGACACUCUAUCUAUAUACCAAAUUUAAAACUUUUUUGAAACUAGUAAUACUUGAAAAUGUUAUCAGAUAUUUUAUUACAUGAUAGCCUGAAAUCAAAUAAUACCCAAGGUACAUAUUGACACCAUUUGGUAACCACUAAAUUUGGAAAUCCAUUGAGAAACAGGACAAAGAAGAAAAUACAGAAUAGAGACUUUUAGUACAUAAAUUGAAUUAAGGAGAAGUGAGUGUUCACAGUGUCAAAACAAGAAAAGGUUGUGUUGAUUGUCAUAGUUUCUGAGGGAUCUCUGUAGGGUGUGGGGCACAGGUGUAUGAAAUAGCCAAUACCUAGUUAUUGGAUCAUGAUUAAUGGUGUUGAGUUGUAGCUUCUGCUCUGAAGAGGUAUCUACCACUCAGGUCAUCCUUGGACUCUGGAAUUGGAGACUCUGAUUUGCCCAGCACAGUAUUAUAGACAGGACAGGGUUGAUGUCUAGAAUUAUCAGAAGCCAUAAAAAAAACUGCUAUGUGGCCACUAGGUGCCACGUUUCCCUUUUAAUAGUGCUUUGUUUACGUUAGUAGAUUAAUUUUUCCAAGCUACAUGGGGCCUCUGAGAGGCAUUUAUUAAUUUUGUGCCUAGAAUAAGUCUGCCUCUGGUAGUUCUGAGUAAAAAUAUUCACUGCAAGUUCUUAGAGUUAUGUACCUUUUGUGGGUUGUUUUAUAGGGAAUGCUUUCUAAGAGAGGCCUGGAAAGAUCCUUCCAGGAUCUUUGGCUUAGGAUACCUCUUCAGAUGUGGUCCAGUUAAAGCUGACCUUAGAAAGAAAACCUAUUCAACCUGGAAUAAGCUUUCUGAACUCGUUGCAAUUGAAAGUGUGUGUUGUGUAUGUGUCACUGUUCAUAUGGUCUUGAGUGUAGGUUUUGUCUUUUAUACAGUUUUUAGCUCUUUUCCAGUUUACUUGUUCUUGUCUGUACAUUGGUAUUUUUUAAACUUUGUGGUAAAUAAUGA